AAGCGCCCCGCAAUAUGACAGCGGCGCGGGCCGGCACAGGCGCACAGCGGCGGAUCACCAUGAGGGCGACAGCAGCGGCGGCAGUGACGGUGGCGGUGGCGGCGUGUCUGCUGGCGGCGGCCCGGGCCAGCGACGAGAGAGAAUAUUUCUUUUACAUUGAAGAAAUGGACAGCACAACUGCAGAAGAUUAUGUAAAGAUACCAGAGAUGGAUGUGGUGAAGUUAAGUAAAGAGUGUUCCUACUUAGAUGGAUCUCUCAUUAUACAGAAGGAUCUACCAGACAACACAAUGAUUGAGAUCUCUCCAGAGAAGCUCGUAAGCAAUUCAUGGAAUGCAUUGGCACCUACUGGUCCUAUGAAACUGUGCGAGUAUAUGGAGCAACAGAAGUCAAAGAUGGAGAUGAUCUGGCGCGCCAGCAAUUUUACUAGGGAGUGUCCUGUUCUCAAGAAUGAUGUUAUUCUCAAUCAGUUCACUGUAAUGGAAACUGUUUUCCCAAAGAAACUUGAUGGAGAUGAAUGGAGAGUAGUUAUAGCCCUUACAAUUGGCAAUGAAGAAAUACUAAGUCUUAAAAUCCAUGUUAUUAAGCUUCCAAUUGAAAAGAAAAAAAAGUGUGAAGAGUUGGAGGAUGAGGAUGAAGAGGAGGAGGAGGAAGACGAAUAACAUUACUAUACUGAACAAAGAUACACAGUGUACAUUGUAUUGAAAAUAAAACCAUAAUUAUUAA